AUGCGCAUCGACGGCGACCUCAUUAACAAUGCCCUCUCAUACAUCAAUCCGCUCCAUGACCGUGAGCUGGAUCUCCGAGGACACAAGAUCCCUGUGAUCGAGAACUUGGGUAUCGCAAAUGAUGAACACGAUACAAUCGAUUUCACGGACAAUGACAUUACCUCCCUCGGGAACUUCCCCUAUUUCCCUCGUCUCCGCUACCUCUUGGUUGCUCGCAACAGCAUCAGUCACAUCCAGUCGAGCCUUGCGCAGUCGCUCCCACACCUGCAAACCCUUAUCUUGACCGCCAACAACAUGACCGAACUUGCGGAUAUCGACCCUCUCUCGCAAUUUCGCCUGGUACAUUUGAGCCUUGUGGACAACCCCAUUACCCGGAAAGAGCACUACCGCUACUGGAUCAUCUGGAAAAUCCCCACCGUGCGAUUUCUCGACUACCAAAAGGUGAAGAACGUGGAGCGCAACAAGGCGAAGGAGCUUUUCGGAACUGCGGAGGAGCCGACUCCUCUGGCCACAAAGAUCAUGGGUAUCAAGACGUUAUACUCUGGCCCCAUCGAGUCCGCGGACCAAACUCCGGCAGAAAAGACUAUUCGCAUCAAACUCACCGAUGACGAGCGUGCGCGCGUAGAGGAGAUGAUUCGAAAUGCAACGAGCUUACCAGAAAUCAAGCGGUUGGAGAAGGAGCUGGAAGAAGGACGUAUCCCCGGCGGACCUCUCGGCAAGGAUGACGAUGGCGAUAGCGAGAUGCGGACGUGA